AUGGACGCGCUCAAGUCCGCGGGCCGGGCCCUGCUGAGGAGCCCCAGCGUGCACAAACCGUCCUGGGCCGGCGGGCGGCACAAGAAGCUGCCUGAGAACUGGACAGACACGAGGGAGACGCUGCUGGAGGGGAUGCUCUUCAGCCUCAAGUACCUGGGCAUGACCCUGGUGGAGCAGCCCAAGGGAGAGGAGCUCUCUGCAGCCGCUGUCAAAAGGAUCGUGGCCACCGCCAAGGCCAGUGGGAAGAAGCUGCAGAAGGUGACGCUGAAGGUGUCGCCGCGGGGGAUUGUGCUCAGGGACGGCAGGAGCAGCGAGCUCAUCGAGAACAUCUCCAUCUACAGGAUCUCCUACUGCACCGCAGACAGGGCCCACGACAAGGUGUUCGCCUACAUCGCGCAGAGCCAGCACAGCGAGAGCCUCGAGUGCCACGCCUUCCUGUGCCCCAAGAGGAAGAUGGCCCAGGCUGUCACCCUGACCGUGGCCCAGGCUUUCAGGCUGGCCUUUGAGUUCUGGCAGGCAGCAAAGGAAGAGAAGGAGAAGAGGGAAAGGUCCAUCCUGGCAGCAGAAGGGACGAGCAGCCCCAGCUCAGCAGCUCCUGCCCACCCUGGCACAGCAGCCCUGGGGAAGCUGCUGGACCUGGAGGAGCCGGGCAGGGCCCCCCUGGGCAGCAGCCCCGAGCCCCCAGCCCUGGACAACAGCAGCUUUGGGCCCAGCAAUGCCUCUGUCAACAACAACCUGGAGUGGGAGAUGGAUGAUGGUCUGGACGAGGCGUUCUCAAGGCUGGCCCAGUCCAGGACCAAUCCCCAGGAGCUGGACACGGGGCUGUCGGCGCAGGAGGCUGCAGAGGCUCUGUCCCCCCUGCACUGGGGCCAGCUGGAGCCCAGCCCGGCUGAGCAGGACGAUCUCUUCAUGUUCUGAGGGCCCCAAACCCUCCCUGAGCCCCUCUGGGACCCUCCAGGGCCCCCACACCGCCGGGUGCCGCAGCCCAGCUCAGACCAAAGCUUCAGAAACCCAGCGUGGAAUUUUGUACCUUGCUCUUACCCAAACCACAGGAUGCUCUCGGACGGAUUUACUCACAGUUUACAAGAGGCGUGGGGCUGUUCCUCCUGCAGGCACCACCACAACCCUGUGUGGGUGCAGACGCAGCUCUGGGUGUCACCAGCGCACCCAGCCUGGCACAGCUCUGGGUGUCACCAGCCCAUCGUGGGAUGCAGACACAGCUCUGGGUGUCACCAACCCAUCGUGGCACAGCACAGCACCUGCGUGGCCAGGGAGAGUCUGCAGCAGCUGCUGGCAGUGUGACAGCACAGAAAUCAGAGGGAGCAGAGCUGGUGCUUUGUGCCCGUGGCGCUCUCGCUGCUGUCGCUCACCCCAGCGGGUCCCAGCUCCUGUUUAACCCAAAGACUUUUGUAACUCAAAGAAGUUUUGCACUUUAACGCUUGGACUGAAAGCAGCGCUUGGAGUGUCAAGGUGGGCAGUGCCUGGAGCUCUCCUCAGAAGCUUUUCACCCAAAAAGAGCCCCCCUGGCAGUGCUGCAGCUCUGGC